GCGCCAUAUUAACAUCGUUACUCGUCGCCGCCGCAGCCAUUGCUGUGGCUGUCGAAAAAACGCAAAAAUACGCACGCACUGUUCAUAACGCUUGUGCAUGUCCUGUUGGUGACGUGAUUUAGAGUGUUUUGCAAGUCCUUUUCGCGUGCGCGUCGUGAUCGACAGCGACGCCAUCGCCAGGACGGCGUGCGCCGCCUGUUGAAGCAUCGUACAGAGCAUCACAAAUACGCCACUCACGCGCAGAAACUGUUCCGACUCUUGGACCCGUUUAACUGCGGUAAGAUAUGGUGGCGGCAAUUGGUCUCCAGGCUGGUGGCAGCGGGGGCGAGGAAAACCAGAUCAAGAGCUGAAGCGUGGACACCUAUCCAUGAGCCCAGGGUGCUCAGAAUGGAGCAUUGUAAGAGAGAAAGCGUGGUAAAGUUGGUGAACAUCGAGAAGCCAGACUCGUUUUGCUACGCGGCGGUGACGCGCGGAGGCCGCGUCGGAAUCUACGACGGGGAAUUGAACCUGCUACACUCGUAUGAGAUGUUUUAUCAUCGCAGCGGCGUGCGUCGUCGCAUCAAGAACUGUUGGAUUACAGAUGCUAUAUAUCUUAUGGAUGUGCAGUAUCUGAUGCUGGCAGCGUCUGACCGAAGCCUGACAUUCUACGAUGCAGGAACUCUCACACAUACACUGUUGUACUGCGUCACUGGGCUUCCCAAUAUACCCACAUGCCUCGCGUACUCCCCAUCAGCUCGCAUGGGCGACUCCUCGGAGCUGGCCAUCGGCACCGAGCGCGGCGACGUCAUCAGGAUGCUCUUCCACCAGCCACGACUGCAGUUCCUCUAUACCAAGGCGUCUGACAGCAGCAACUAUUACUUUUGGAUGGAGCUCUCAUCCGCCCCACACACGUCCCACGUGAGCCUGACGACCUGGCGCCGCGUCCACUCCAGGACCAUCAGGCGUGUGUGCUACGUGCGAGAUGGCGACAUGUUGAUCUCCUGCUCACAUGACAACACCAUCAGCGUCAGGAUACGUCAUGUGCCAGGGAAGAUGGAAGACUACGUGUUCCGGGUGCAGAGGGGUGUGUCCUGCUUCCACGCGGUGGCUCCGCUGCGCCUGCUGGCCACGGGCGGCUGCGACGGCUCGCUGCGCCUGUGGGAGCACACGCAGGCCACUCCCUUCGCGACCCUCGCCGCGCCUGCGCCCGCGCAUGUGUUGGACGUCGCUGUUCUGCCACACGCCGAGAUUGUAGUGGCGUUUUGUAAUAAUUUUAUGGUGCACGUAUGGGAUAUAUACGAAGAGUGUCUCCUGCAAAGCAUCAAGAUCAAAUUCCCGUUCCUAGGAGUUCUGGGGAAGAAGAUCGAGUUCGGGAAUUAUUGUAUAUUUCCUGGUCCAUUGCGUCACAAAUCAUUGGAAGUGCCGCUAGAAGCGGGCGCGAUGUCCCGGCGCGGCUCGAGCGUGGUGCAGGGCUCCACGGGCGGACUCGUGCUGCUGCCACACGCCAGCGACUGUCCUGGGAGGAGAAUAGAGAGUGAUCCAGAAUACCAAAAGUAUAACAGAAGCGAGAUUCUGUUGGUAUGCUGCGACUACGCGUGCGUGAUAUCAUUGAGAGACAAGCAGGGGGAAGUGCUGCCCCCUCCCGGAGACACGCUGCGGCCGCGGCGGCCUUCUGUCUGGGACCUACCCGUUAACACUAUACUAGUAGAAACGGCAUCUUCUAAGUCUUCCCCUCGCCUUCCAUCCGCGCCCUCUCCUCGACUACUGGAGCCAGCGACUGCACAACACUGCGAACACGAUCUGGAUACAUUGCUCCAAAACGCUGGCUUGCAAGGGAUCCUGGAGAAAGACUUCGUGUUGAUGCAACGACUCAAACACGACUUGAACAAGAAACUCGCUGAGAUGGAGGAAAACAAACAAGCGAUGGUGGGUGCUGUGAGUGUAGGCGCGCCGUACUUGGGCCUCGCCACGUACGAGCCCGAGCCGGUGGGAGAGAUAGACCACAUGUUAGAGAGAUACAAGCGAGUCAUGAGAUUGUUCCCAGGGUCAAGUGCAGCGGGAACUCCGACUGGCAGCCACACAACAACCCCCAGAUACGACAAGAAUUUUAGAUUAUGAUGGGCAUCUCUCGCGUACAAAGUGGGCAAACGGAUGAUAUCUUUAGCGGAGGGUAUGCCCAACGAGGAGGUGUUUCCGUUCAAGCGCCUCUCCCUGGAGAUGAAGGGCGGUGGAGGGAUGCUGUUUGAG